AUUACACCUGGAAUUGUUUUACGUAGGAAUGGCAACAGAUAUAAUUUCGACGAAUAUAAUUCUUGAGGCUGAAGCAGCGUAUAAAAAUGACAAUUCCAGCGCUAAAAAUUGGCACGAAAGAUUUAUUUUUGCAUAUCGAAAAUCGAUUUCAUCGAAAUGAUGACGUUUAUCCAUUUUCCAAAGCGCGCCCAGAAUGCACGCUCGUGCGGCACGUCACUGCGUCGCACACGCUCUCACACACAUACAUGAAAGCGCUAUUGAUUUUCCGCGCGACGCUUUCGGCGUCGGUGCGCACCUUUGGCACGCACACACGCGCACGCGGAGGGCGCGCGCUUCAUUUUCGUCCGCGAGAUCGUCGAAAACUCGCGGAUUACCUGAAAGAAAGAAAUCCGGAAAAAAGGAAAGAGCGCGAGAAAAAAAUACCGUCAUGUCAAUCGCGAGAGAGUCGCGAGGGACCCGACUUCGUUGUUAGUCCGUACGUAAAAGUGACGCGAGCCCGACCGUCGUCGUCGGUCAAUUUGACAGUCGCGCCGCGUCUCCGAGAAUAGCGGGUCAGGGGGUUGACGUUCGGGAGGCGCGCUCCGCGCUAGUUUGCCGCGUCGGUUGGUUCGUCGCGAUUCGUGACAGGCGUGUAAUCGACGAGGGAGAAAGAAAGAAAGAAAGAGAGAGAGACGGGGAACGAAAGGAAACGUCGUGUCCUCUCUCCGUUCGUGUUCGAGGGUAACUCGCCGCCACCGGGAUACCGGACGCACGCAUCUGUACGGAAUACGCGCGAGUGACAGCCGCGAGGAAACGAUCGUCGAGGCCUCUCCGUCGUCCGUGUGAUCGUCUGUGUAAGUGCGGCUGUCGCGCGAUCGAACGGGAUUCCGGAAUCGAGGAGGGAAGCUUCCAGGUGUAGCAGGCCGCAGCAGGGACCCCGAGCGUCGGGGGUUUACGUUGCCGGGACGGCAGAUGUCAGGAUGCCGGAGCAGAGCAACGACUAUCGUGUGGUCGUGUUCGGGGCGGGCGGCGUCGGCAAGAGUUCCCUCGUGCUGCGUUUUGUGAAAGGAUCCUUCCGCGAGUCCUACAUACCAACCAUCGAGGAUACUUACAGACAGGUGAUAAGUUGUGACAAAAACAUAUGCACACUUCAAAUUACGGACACAACGGGGUCCCAUCAGUUUCCCGCUAUGCAGCGGCUUUCUAUAAGCAAGGGUCACGCCUUCAUCUUGGUGUACUCGGUAUGCUCACGGCAAAGCCUCGAGGAGCUACGACCGAUCUGGGCCGUGAUAAGGGAGCUCAAGGGCCAGGAUAUCUCGCAGAUACCCAUCAUGUUGGUCGGGAACAAAUGCGACGAGAGCCCGUCGGUGCGCGAGGUGUCGAUGAGCGAGGGCGCGGCCGAGGCGGCUAAUUGGGGCUGCGGCUUCCUGGAGACCUCGGCUAAGACGAAUCACAACGUGGACGCCCUGUUCCGAGACUUGCUCACCCUCGAGAAGAAUCGCUCGGUGUCGUUACAGCCGGUGCAGAGCAACAACGCUAUAAGACUCAAGGAGAAGUGUGCCGUUAUGUAAAGCCCCCCCCCCCCCUCCACCCCUCCCCCGUCACGCUGAUCCCGCGUUGUAUAUCGUAUAUAUCGCGAUCGACGACACACCGCAUGACACGCGACGAUUCUCGGCGAGGUACUGCUUCCGGUAUAUAUAUAUAUAUAUAUUCGUUCUGGGGAUCAUUACUUUUCGAGAUGGGGCCCUCGCCGAUCCGAUCUGAUAAUUCCAAUAAACGAGGGAACGAUUUAUUAGCGAUUUAAAUCCCUGCGACUACCGUCUGUCGAGAACCCGUUAAAGUUUAUCGUAUCGUAUUCGUUAUUAAAGGCGAAACCAGAAACGAAAAUAUCUCCGCGAAACUUCGAAUUCUAGAAAUAAUUUUCUAAGAAUCCUCGAGAGAGAGAUUUAGAAUUUCGAAUUCUAAGAACGAUUAUGGGUUAAUUUAAUGCUUUCAUUCGUCCGACGAGAGAAGAGGGUGAGUAUUUUUAUUCGACGAACGAAGGGGGGGUUAUUCGAAUACGUGUGCGCGUUGCUCGAUAGGGGGUGCGUGUGAGAGAGAAGCUUCUUUUACCUUAAAUUUAACACUUUACGCAGUAGACCGCUCGAUAAUGACAAGUUAUUCGAGUUCCCGCUCUUGUUUUUCUCGACUCCACCACGGGAUCGUCCCGCGGUAAUCUCGAUCUGCGACGAGCGUCAUUGCCGCAAGUAUGUGCGACGAUAUCAUUUUUUUAUUAUUAUCUCCGGAAAAAAAGUCGCGCGUUUCGCAGCUGCUCUGGCACGGGAAGAGCCUGGUGUUAAUUAUAAUGUUAUACUUCGGCAACAAUAUAAAAAUACCGAUCAUUAUACCAUACACGACAUAUCACAUCCUAAAUAAAUAAUAAAUAAUAAGAAAAUUCUGAUAUUUUAUAGGAAGAAUUAAUUUUUAUAGAAGAGAUUUAUACAUCGUAUUAUAUUGCGGAAAGGAUGUAAUUUACCGGUUACAUAUUUUUUCAAAAAAUUUCUCGCAUAGAUAUUAUAUAUUUUUUUCAAUUUUGAUAUUUAAUUCAUAUUUUUUAUAGAUAAAUAAAAUAAAUAUAUAUGUGGGAUUGAUUGUGAUAAUGAUAAUAUAUAAUGGUAAUUUAUAACGUAAAAAAAAAAUAUAUAUAUAUACAUAUAAUUGACAAUUAAUUCAUCGGGAUAUAUCGUAGCAACAAGGCCCGAGUUUUAUCGCGAUUCUUAUAAUCGCUUCUUGUUAUAAUUAACUCUUCCAAGCUCUUCGUCUAACAAUAGCGACAGGUAAUUAGUAAUUUUUCAAUAAGCUCUUGUUUAUACGUAGCGCCGAAAAGACCCCGAUGAUUA